UGGUAUUUAAUUCAUUUCAUCCUAGGAAGUUGAUCCGAGAGGUGGUGCUUGUUUGAAACGGUCUAGACUUUAGAGGAAAUAAUGUCGGGAUGUUCAUGGAAGAACCGGUUAAAGCUGGCACAGGUGAUAAUCGGUAUUAAUCUCGUCGGACUAGAGGUAUUCAGAAUAGUUUAUCGUGUCAGACCUUGCCUGCCGACAGAUUUCCAUCUGGCUUUUGUUACAUUCAGUGCUACUUUCGUGACGGUGGUUCGAUUGGUAAAUGCCGUUAAAGAGAACCAUCCGAUCGAGAAGGCCUUCGGGCGGGAUUUGUGGUUCCGACUGCAGUUGCGGUCCGCUGGAAUUGCGGCACUAGCUUUAUACUGCUCAUCCUGGACGUCAUUGCUGACGGUUUUUGGUCUGUUCUUGCACCCACAGUUGCUCAUUGUUAGUACUGUUUUCGGCUUUGUGCUCACUACGCUGUAUUUAAUCGAUUGGUGGCAACUGUUCCGGAAGCGACCCUCUGCCAUUGCAGAAACCGGUGAUGCUGAGUCUGCAACGGAGCAAACAGACAACGUAAAAGGAAGCUUUUUGGCUUCUUGAGCCUGCUAAAAACAUUAGUGAAGUCCCCCAGGACAUGGAAUAUAAUGAAAACUCAGCAAUGGAUGUAAAGACAAUUUAUAAAGUUACUCGAACUCAGGGAAGAAGUGAAACUGAUAGUCUCAAAUCUCGGGUACUUUUUCAUUUAGACGUAUCUGCAAAUGAGAGAUUCUCUUCGUGUCUCCUCUCUUCCGCUUUUUACGGCGAUACUAAUGCAUUGAAAACAAAAUUUUCAAAACAUUGGGCUAGCUAGUGACUCCGGCAACCGAUUCAUGCAAAGCUGAUGUGUCAAAAUGCAUUAGUAUCGCCGUAAACGGCGGAAGAGAGGAGACACGAAGAGAGUCUCUCAUUUGCAGAUACGUCGAAAUGAAAAAGUA